GUGAAAUCAAGAAAUAGAGAGAGAAAAUCAAGAAAUAGAGAGAGAAAAGAAGAGAGAGAUGGGAAUCCAACGGUUUAGAUUAUCAGAUAUGAUACCAAAUGCUCUGUUUUACAAACUUAGAAACUUGGGCAAGAAAAACAGAGCAAGCAACCUUAACAACAACAAAGAGCCGCUGUCCACGUCAUCGUAUUUAACGGCGGCGAAAGCAACAAGUCAGCCGCAGAGGAAAUCUUACCACUUUCCGAGGGAGCACCAAAACAGCCCUCCGCCGCCGCCGCCGCACUACAUUUACCUUGAGCCGCCGAGGAAGUCUUCCAAGAAGAGGCGGAGCAGCUACAGGAGGAGCAGCAGCCGGACAUCCACUCCUAGGCUGCCGCCGUCUUCCUCCGGUUCCGGCAUUUGCAGCUGCCGGCCAUCCACAGACUCUGCCUGGACAAAUAAGCAGGAUUCCACCCCUGAAUACUUCCCGGAUUCGCCCCUCGACAGCACCUCCUCAUCCUCCUCCGGGAAAGACUCCAUCUUGCCGGAGCUUGUCUCCAGGCCUGUCCUCUCCGCCGCCGCGCCGGGGAAGUUCGCCGGGAAGCUCCACUACGACGACGAUCAUGACCGGUUCGAAACGGGCCCGAAAAUCGAGCUCCCUCGCAUCAUUACAAAGCCCAUCGUCAAGAAUUCAGAUGAAUCUGCGAGGAUUAAAGGUGGACCAAACCAACCGUGCAAAUGUGGAGGAAAUUCUGAUGAGAAGAAGGUGAAGAAGAAGAAGGCAUGCUGCGGCGGCCCUGUUCAUAGAAUUUCCGGGAACUCGCCCGCAGGGAUGAAGCUGAGAACGAAUUCUCCGAGAAUCGGUAGAAUUCAGGGGAGGAGAAGCGUGUCAUCAAGAAAAAACAUCUUGCCGGAAAGUUUCGCCGUCGUGAAGACAUCUCAGGAUCCACAGAGGGAUUUCAGGGAGUCAAUGGUGGAGAUGAUAGUGGAGAACAACAUCAGGACGUCCAGUGACUUGGAAAAUCUUCUUGCUUGCUUUUUGUCUAUGAAUUCCGAUGAGUACCAUGAUAUGAUCAUUAAGGUCUUCAAACAAAUCUGGUUUGAUAUUGCCAAUGUUAGGUUGAAUUAGCUUAAAUUUACUUAAAUUAGUUUAAUAUAUAUGGAGUAUCUCUUAUGUAAAGUGUUCCUUUCUUUUUGAAGUUAUUUUCUCCAUAAGUAGAAUUUAAAUAAAAGUUUAUGCUUUUCUUAUUAAAACAUUACUCCGUACUAUUCUUUUUUAAUUUGUG